AUGGCGGCGCCGCAGUCUCCAUUGGAGAAGUCACAAUAUCACCACUUCAUUCCCCAAUUUAUCCUACGAAAUUUUGCACAUAAGUAUCGUCCCCCCAGAGGGAAAGGUCCCGCAAAGAGGAAUUCAAAUUGGGGUCAUAGUCAAAGGAAAACUGGUUUACGUCCUGGCGAACCAGCGCUCCAUAUCAUAGACCUUUCCAGUGACAAUCCAGACCUGCUCGAGUCCCCAAUUCGCCGAACUUUUGGAUUGAUGGACAUGUAUCGGGAUUUUUCAAAAGAUUCAGACCAGAAUUACCUCGAAAAUGAACUAAGCAAGCUGGAGUCGGAAGCUGCUAGGAUUAUUUCCAAGAUACGCAAAGCUUUCGAUUCCGGCGACCAGGCCGUGUGGAUCUCGCGAAACGAAAGAAAUAUCUUACGGAAAUUCCUCUUUAUCAUGAAAUACCGGGGGAAGAACUUUCAUAAGCGCUUUGUCAAUGGUGAAAUGGAAAGUUAUGUCGAAGAUGAUAGAGAGCAAUUUCUGAAGUAUAUGCGCGAGAAUGGCUUUCGAAAACCUGUUGACGUGUGGAUCCAUAGUAUAAAGGUAAUCCUUGAGUUGAAGAUGGAUCAUAUGGGAAAGUGGAUGAAGAAUAUAAUCAACCAAAUCUACCCUGACGAUGCGAUGUGGUUCAUUACGCAUACAGAAUGGAUGUAUCUCGCCCUCUGCACACCUUCCGAUACGGACAGGGAGUUUCUCCUAACGGAAAACUGCUAUAAUGUGUUUGAAGGACCACAGUCCGCGAUGGUAGACCCGAUAUCUGGGGAAAGGAGAUUCACGGCGUGGACGAAUUUUCAUGAGUUUAGUCCAAUAUCUCCAAAGCUCGUGAUGGUCCUCCGAAGCGUUGUCCUGCCAAAUUCCGAAGAAGAUAAAAACAAGAGGAUUAAAGAAUGGAGGGAAAAUUUGUUCAAACUUUCCGCGGGUAUGCAUGCCAACCCUUCCAUCGCGAACUCCGUACUCGCGGAUCUUCCCAUCCACAAACCGCGAAAUUCGUAUUCGUCCGUUACAUCUCACGGGAUAGAGUUAUUUGAAGGCGAAGAUGGUUCGCGGCGCGACUGCCAUCGGUUUUGUUUCCCUUUUUUCAAACUUAAUACAGAGCACGUCAACAAGAUCAAUACGAUUUUUCUAGAAAACGCAUAUACUUGUCAAUCCGUGGCAUUCAACUCACGCUCUGCGCUCAGAAUAGCGGUCGAAUAUUAUCUGACGUUACCAGCUGAUCAGGGUUUCAAGUUUGUUGCCCAAGGAAAUGGCCUCGAUUUAUCGUAUUUAUUGAAACUCGAAAAGAUUUUGAGAAAAUUAGGAUCCGAUAAGGCGUUAACGUAUUUUAUAAGCACCGCGGGCCACAUAAGCGUGCCGGGCCACCCUUCCGAUAAAAUCGACUUACAUUGA